CAUUUUGGUGGAACACGAUAAACAUUUUAGAAAAAUGUAAUCUUGACAUUCUCACAAGAGUAAUUUGAAUAAAUAUCGAUCGCGUCCAUUUUAAAAUUGUACUUAUGGAUAUGGGGAAAACAUGUCUCUCUUAUUUUCCAAGAAUGACUAUUAGUCCAUCACCUGAUUUAAAAGAAGAUUUACUAAAUAAAAGAAUUCCUAUUAAAGGAGUUAUUCACGAUAAGAAUAAUUCCUUAACACCCAAAUCACGAACUGAAAAUAAAGAUAUUAAAGUAUUGCCUAAUUUACCAUCCUAUCUUCAUCAAAAAGUUUUUUCAUAUCAAUAUGAUAUGGUAUCCGUUUUUUCAAUUCAAGGAAAAAGAGCAACAAUGGAAGAUAAAUUCAGGGUAGUCCAACAAAAAUCACCAUUCCCUAUUCUUAUAUUUGGUGUAUUUGAUGGUCAUGGAGGAAGUUUUGCUGUAGAAUAUGUUGAAUCAAAAUUAAUUCCAAAUAUACUCAAUGCAAUGAAUCAUUACAUAAAAAAGAUGCACCCUAAACAUGAUAUUACCACAUCAAAUAAAGAUAAUAAUAAUAACCAAAAAUCUCAACAGAUAUUCCUUAAUUCUACAGAACGUUCUGUUAUGUACAAUAGAAUAUUAAGUCAAGAAAUUCUAACAUUAGAUAAAGCAUUAUUACAGAAAGCUGAUUACAUGAAUAACAAUUCUGGCACCACGUGUUUAUUGGGCAUUUUGUUUGCGGGCGAUCUCGUUCUGGCCAAUACGGGGGACUGUCGAGCCAUUAUGUACGAUUCCAAAGGCAGGACUCUUCAAUUGACGGUCGAUCACAAACCCCAAAACACUUGCGAAAGAGAGAGGAUUAGAAGGGCGGGAGGAUUCGUUACUCUUAGUCAAGCUGGCAUUUGGAGGCUGAAUGGAAUAUUGUCGGUGUCCAGGGGUUUCGGUGACCUGUCUCUCAAACGAUAUAACAAUGUUAUCACGGCUAAACCGGAUAUUCACAUUUAUCCCAUGCUCAAAUCAUUUGGCUCUUCAGACACAUUAAAAUUGAAGGAUCACGACUCGUCAUCGUCUUACACCAAAUACAACUCAGAUGAAGUUAGACUUCAGCCAGAUUUUUUGGUUCUAGCCUCCGACGGCUUAUGGAACAGUAUGGGUAACGUCGAAGUCACUCAUUUCUUAAUUUCUUCUUCGCCUCAUUCUAGCCGUCAGAAUCCUAAUGAAUCUUCUUCCAUUCAUAAAUCUGUAUUGAAUCAUAGUAUAGGCGCUAUUCCACCUUGCGAAGAACCAGACUUUGGGGCUAGAGCUCUGGCCCUUAAAGCGCUUAAGUUGGGUAGUACGGAUAACGUAACCGUUUUGAUAGUCAAAUUCAAGCCCCCUUUGUCUAAUGUAGUCAACCCUAAUAAUAUCGACGCAAAAGCUAGGAGUAACAAGUUUACGAUGAAACCUUAUGAUUACCUUAAAACUACCCUUCAGCGAGAUACCGAUAAACAUGGCGAGGUUGAUAAAAAUCACGCUUAUCUGAACAAUUUUUCGGAAACCUCACCAUCACAGCUAGAAAAUGGGGCCGAGGGUGGACGGGUUAGUAUAAAAAUACGUGAUAUUGGCGAUUUCGAAAGAUCCCCUCCGUUUAUUUAUCAUCACCCUAGGAGGUCUAAUUCUAACCACAGCUUCUCCGAAAAUACCAACAACGCCUCUAACAUAAAUCUGUUAGAUAAAACUAUCAUCGAUCAACCCUCUCUACCAGAAUCCAACAUGGUAAAUAAGAGUUACUUGGAUACCAAAAGGCGCCCCCUCUUGAUAUCUGGGCGCAGCUUUACUCCUCCCCUCAUUUACAACCCGAACAGGACUAUAGUCGGUGGGAGGUCAGUGGUGGAUAAUAGUGAUAUCAACCGAUUGAAGUACACGAAACAAGGCUCAGUUGUCAUACCGGUUCAUUAUACCUCCACCAGACCAGUCAAUAUAACGACGACAGGAGCGAAUAAUAUCCUGGAUCGCGAUAGACUCGAUAGGAGUUUAAAUAAACCCAGUUACGGCGAGAACCCAAAUAGCAAACAUAAUAUCCCCAACGAGAUGAAACGUGAUUUUCGUGAUGCUAGCGCUGGUGUAAAGACCUGUACUAGUCAUAUCAAUUAUCAAAAUUCUUCCCUUAUAUAAAUUAAUUAUUUCUUCAUGCAAAAAAAAAACCGAAACCUUAUAUUCUAGUCUGAUUAAAAUUUAAACCAUAUUUUAUAAUUUUUAUAAAUUCAAAAUUGUUUGACAGGUUGAUCAAUGCAAUGCACUUAAAAUUUUAUUUAUAUUUAAAAAAGGAUAAAGAAUAGAUAUUAUUUAUAAAUUUAUUUUAUAUUUAUUAUUUAUAUAUGGAAUUUAUAAAAAAAUAUAUUUAUAUAAAGUCGACCUUAUUUACAUCAUAAUAUUACAAUUAAUGGUUAAUAGCGUAUUUUACGUUCUCUCGGUGUUAUCCCUCACUCCAUUGAUAAGAGAAUAUAUUUUUUAUAUUAAAACUCUAGCACACAAUUCUCUCCUACCUAGCUAAGGCAGCUAACGCCGAGAGGACGUUCGUCAUUUACCUGAUUAAUAACUUAUUUAUUUCUUUAUCGAAUAUAUAACAUAAUUUUUUUUUAUAAAGCAACGCAUAAUUUUUAUAGCCUAAACGUUUUAUUUAUUUUUUGGCAAAUUUUAGUUUUUUUAAAAAAAUAUAGAUAAGUUUAUCAAAAUUAUUUAUUAUUUCAGCUUCUUUUUAUUAGCUAUAUUUUAUGUAUAUUUUGUUAAUUAGAUAAUUAUUAGAUUUAUAAUUCACAUAUUAUAUACAAAAUUUUAUUUUAAAUUUAUAAAUUACAUCCACGCUUACUUCCCAAUUUCU